AUGGACAAUAAAAGCAACGCCUUGAAUACCACAUGUGGAGUGUGCAACAUUAAUCCAGCCAAAUACAAAUGUCCGCAAUGUUCAAUACCGUAUUGCUCAUUAAUAUGCUUUAAAAGUGAGAGUCAUCAAUCAAAUCAUAAACAAACCAAUCAAGGCAAUUCAAUUAGUGAUAAGAAGAAUGAAAUUCCUAUCUCGUUGAAUCAAUCAAAACAUACAGAACCAGAAAUUGUAACAGAUAAUAGCGAGUUUGAUGAGGUUCUUCAGGACCCAAUAAUACAGGCGAUGCUUCAAGAGAAAUCUUUACAGUUUCAUUUACUCACUCUAAUAAAAUUGCUAAAAUCGCCUCAGGAAUUGAAGCUAAAUAAUGAAAUAAUAUCAAAUAACGACAAUAGGUUAUCGAUAAUGAAUCAUAAAUUAAACGAUUUAAGAGUAGGAGGAAUAGAAGAAAAUCUGUUAGUGGAAGAGUUUAUACAGCGUGUUUUAACAAUUUAUCAAAACAAAUCCCGAAAUUGA